AUGGAGCAAGAAAAUCUCCCAACCCAUGAAGCAGAACUCCACUUUUGGGGAAAUACCCCAGAAGAAGAGCACUACAAAAAACAAGGCAUUAACGCCUCAAAAUCAUUUUACAAAUCACCAAGAGGCCUCUCUCUAUUCAGAAGAUCAUGGCUGCCAAGCUCCACCAAUCCUCCACGCGGCGUCAUGUGUAUGGUUCAUGGGUACGGAAACGACAUUAGCUGGACUUUUCAGUCCACAGCUAUCUUCCUUGCCCAGAUGGGUUAUGUCUGCUUUGGACUUGACAUUGAAGGCCAUGGUAAGUCUCAAGGCCUUAGGGGUUAUGUACCCAAUGUUGAUCUUGUCGUUCAAGAUUGUCUUUCUUUCUUUGAUUCCAUCAAGAGUGAUCCACAGUUUCAUGGGUUGCCUUUUUUUUUAUAUGGUGAAUCAAUGGGGGCUGCUAUUUGUCUUUUGAUUCAUUUGGCAAACCCUAAAGGGUUUGAUGGUGCAGUUUUGGUUGCCCCCAUGUGCAAAAUUUCUGAUAAUGUGAAACCCCGUUGGCCGAUUCCUGAGGUUUUGACACUUCUGGCAAAAUUUUUGCCUACUUUACCUAUUGUUCCAACUGCUGAUAUUAUGCAUGAGUCAAUAAAAGUUGAGAGAAAAUUGCGAAUUGCAGAAAUGAAUCCGACGAGAUAUAGGGGAAAACCAAGAUUGGGAACUGUUGUGGAGCUUUUGAAGGUUACUGAUUAUUUGAGUCAAAAUUUGAGGAAAGUUACUAUUCCGUUUAUUUUGUUACAUGGGAGCAUGGAUGUUGUCACCGAUCCAAAUGUGAGCAGAAGUUUGUACGAGGAGGCUAAUAGCAAAGACAAGACGAUAAAGAUUUAUGAUGGAAUGGUGCAUUCUUUGCUGUUCGGUGAAACUGAUGAGAAUAUUGAAAUUGUUCGUCAUGAUAUUAUAUCUUGGUUGAAUGAUAGAUGCAAGAAAAACUAG